AUGAAUGCGCUCUCUAUGAUCACCAAGGCUGGCGUGCCGGCAAGGAAGAUCAUGGUGGGCAUAGCCAGCUACGGCCGGUCUUACAAGAUGACGGACUCCGGCUGCAGAACAGAGCUCUGUACCUUCGAAGGCCCCGAGUCCCGGGCGGCCCCAGGCAUGUGCACGGGUACAAAUGGGUACAUCGCAAACGCCGAGAUCAACGACAUCCUCCUGGAAGAACCGUGUAGAAUCAAGACCUGGUCUGACGAAAAGACUGACUCGGAUUAUCUGGUGUACAGCGGCACGGAAUGGGUGGCGUACAUGUCAAGCUCGCUAAAAGAAUCGAGGGCCAACAAAUACAAGGCCUUGAACCUUGGCGGCGUGUCCGAUUGGGCCGUGGACUUUGCCGAGUAUCACGCCGUGUCUCGGCCGGCGGAUGCGCAGGAGGACACGGAUGGCCUCGACGAGGCUGACGAGUGGUGCAAGGGGCAGCACAGCAAUCUCGAUGACAUCCCGGAGAACCUGUCUCCGACCUGUGGCGCUGUUUAUGUUCUACAAGCACUCGGCAGCAUGCUCGACGCCGACCUCAAGAACUACACCCACAUAUUGGCGAACGGCUACGACGGCAAGUUCAAGACCUACGCCGAUGCUGUCGUGCAGUCGGCACCCAACACCAUCCGGGACUUCUACAUGCAUAACGGUACCAAGUACUUCUCCUGCGUCGUCGCCGAGGGGCAGCUGUGCUGUUCCCAGUGCAGCGACCGGUACGGCGACCUGCCCGGGCACGGCCAGUGCCGGUACUGCAGCGGCAGCCUCUGCCAGGGCAUGGGAUAUGCCUAUCUCAACGUCUCGGAGCCGUGUCCGCCGGAAUUCUCGUUGCGCGCCAGCCAGAACGAGGUGCAGAGACAAAGCGAUACCAUCUACUGGACACUGCGCCCGGACCAGGCGGACCAGUUCUACGCCGACCUGGAAGCGGAUACGGGCAUUGCGAAGGAGAACGUCGGCUGGGGCGCAGUCAACCACGUCCCAACCGGGUGCUACGAGUACCCUCGGUGCUACAACAACGGCUGGGACUUUGGCGUGCCCAAGAUUGUCAGCGGUUACAAUGCCAGCGACGUGGCCAACCCCAAGGACACCAUCGUGUCCGCUGCCGAGGCUGUCAAGAUGAACUCCGCCAUCACAUCGGCCAACGACUACGUGGAUGCCUUUGCGCUCCCCGUGCUCAUGGUCCACGCCGCGGUCGAGAACAUGGCUAGCGUGAUGCAGAUCGCAGACAAGGUGGACGAGGAGAAGCGCAAGGCACUCAUCUGGAUGUUGAUCUCGGCCUUCCUCUUCCUGGUCCCCAUCAGCGGCGAGGCCAUUGGCGCCAUUGCCAGCCUCUCCAACGACCCUUCAACGGCCCCAUUUGCCAUCUUUGGCUUUAUCCUAUCCGACGGGGUGUUCCGCGAGGCUGACGAGCUACGACGCGCCGCCAACGCCCGGCGCGCGAUGAGGGGUGAGGACGUGGCCAAACUCGGCAAAGGGGUUGCCGAGGGGCUUGGCAAGAUCGGCAAGGUUGUGGCCAGCGCUUGUAUGCUUGCCGAGGACUUGGCUUGGUCGAAGAUGACAGCCAACCCACGCCGCCAAGCAGACUUCGGCGCCCUUCGAGUGGGUGAGAUUGCGACCAGCCAAGAGUCCAAGACCGAACCGAACCGGCGAGCCCCGCUUCGGAUCAAUGGACGGCAUAGCUACGACCGAUGUUCACCGAACAACCGCAAGAUGGCCUUCAACGCGAUCGGCAAGGGCUAUUCAUCAGAUCCUGGAAGAAGAGAUCCCGCGCCAGGAAGAUGA